CAGCCCCGUCUGAUCGCAACAUUGCCGACUGUCUCGUGCUGGUUGUGUGCAAUGCAUGAAGGUUUGAAGAAUUUGGCAUGAACAUGGCGAAUAUGUUUCUCAGCACGUUGAGCCCGAAGUUUUACGUGGCUCUUACGGGAACUUCAUCUUUGAUAUCGGGACUGAUUCUGAUCUUCGAAUGGUGGUACUUCCGCAAGUACGGCACCUCGUUUAUCGAGCAGGUGUCGCUGACACACCUGAGCCCGUGGCUGGGCGGCGGCGACGCGACGGCCGACGCCGCCGGCGCCGCCGCCAAUGGCUCCGACGGCUCCGACAAUGGCAGCAACAACGGCGACGGGCAGCCCCCGACGCCAGAGUGUAAGAUGUGGAGGAAUCCGCUGAACCUGUUCCGCGGCGCCGAAUAUCAGCGGUUCCAGUCGGCGCGACACCGCGAGCCCCUGACCUACUACGACAUGAACCUGUCGGCCCAGGAUCACCAGACGUUCUUCACGUGCGACGCCGACUCGGGCAAGCCCGAGUACGAGAUCAUGCAGACGGCCUGGCGGGAGCGGAACCCGGAGGCGCGCAUUCGCCUGGCGAAGGAGGCGCUGGAGCGCAGCGCCGACUGCGCGGCCGCCUACAUCCUGCUGGCCGAGGAGGAGUCCACCACCAUCCUGGAGGUGGAGCGCAUUCUCAAGCAGGCGCUGCGGGUGGCCGAGACCAACUUCAGGAAGACGGUCAUCUACCGCGACUCCAACUCGCCGCAGGAGUCGCUCCACAGGCGGGAUAUGAACGUGCUGAUCUACGUGAAGCGGCGGGUGGCCAUGUGCACGCGCCGACUGGGACGGCUCAAGGAGGCCAUCAAGAUGUUCAGAGACCUGCUGAAGGAGAGCCCGCCGUGGAUGAGCGUGCUAAACAUGCACGAAAACCUGCUCGAGGCGCUGCUCGAGGCGCAGGCGUACGUGGACGCGCAGGCGGUGCUGGCCCGUUACGACGACAUCAGCCUGCCGAAGUCGGCCACCAUCUGCUACACGGCCGCGCUGCUGAAGGCUCGCGCCGUCGCCGACAAGUUCUCCCCGGACGUGGCUACUAAGCGCGGUUUGACGUCGGCCGAAUUGGCUGCCGUAGAAGCCAUACAUCGCGCCGUCGAGUUCAACCCGCACGUGCCGAAGUACCUGCUGGAGACGAAGCCGCUGAUCUUGCCGACCGAGCACAUUCUGAAGCGCGGCGACAGCGAGGCUAUCGCCUACGCCUUCUUCCACUUGGCGCACUGGAAGCGGGUGGAGGGUGCGCUCAACCUGCUGCACUGCACCUGGGAGGGCACCUUCCGCAUGAUCCCAUACCCGCUGGAGAAGGGACAUCUUUUCUUCCCUUACCCCAACAGCACCGAGUUCGCUGACCGUGAGCUGCUGCCAGCAUUUCACGAGGUGAGCGUAUACCCGAAGAAGGAGCUGCCGUUCUUCAUCCUGUUCACGGGCGCGCUGUGCUCGUGCACGGCCAUCCUGGCGCUGCUGACGCACCAGUACCCCGAGCCGAUGGGCAUCGUCGCCAAGACGAUUCUGGCUUGGUCAUACAUGCCGAUCCAGUACAUCCUGGACAAGCUGGAGGCGAUUCUGCCGUCCAACAUCCUGCACCAGCUGUCGCGCGUCUGAUGCCGCCGCCGACCGCGGAGCCCGCGCCCGGGCAGAUCUUCGAUGGCUGUGUUCUUUUCUGACCGAGACGGCCGGGCUGCGUUGCGUUCGGGCCGAGCCGCGGCCGCUGUUUUGUUUUGUUACGUUGGCUGGGACGGCCGGUGGCCGUCGCAGCGCUGGACGCGGCGGCGGACGUCUGUCUGCGCUCUAGCUUGGUUCGGACCCCGUCCCGGCGUCAGGAUCCGCUCCGCCGCACGCCGGGCGCGCGCUUUCGCUUCCGCUGGCGGUCAUCUGCUCCGCGCCUGGGAGGCGGUCCUCUGUGGCUUCCGCGCUGCUGCCGGUGUCCUCAGUUGCGCUGGCGGAACCCCGCUGUCGGGGCAGCUCACGUGCGGGCGCUACGGCGUCGGUGGCUGGAUUCGUCCUGGCGCGUCUACAGAUUUGUGGAUUUGUGUUGGUGCUUGUCGGGACAAGGCUUUGCAAUGACCGGGAAACGCAGCAUCGUUUCAUUCCCAGUGCUGUCGUGGCCGGAUAGCUCUCUUCCGACAAUGAUGGGCAAAAUGCCCGUGAAAAUGUUCGUGAAAUUUGUGUAAAAAGUUGUUUUCGGUGAUCUGUUUGAUGUUGCCACUUCCUGCGCGAGCCCUUUUAGACGUGAAAUGUUUUUCAUCAUUUCCAUGUUCGAUGGGUUUUGUUGAUUUCUUUGUAACCUGUCUUGUAAUACGUCCUAUGCGUGGGCACAACUUUGGCGGCUCCUUGCGUGUUUUGUGGUAAAUCUGUAAAGCGUUUACGCUGCUGGUACAAUACAAGGUAUUUCAAAUA